GCAGCGGCGGCGGUGGCCGCAAGAAGAGGCGGCGGGGGCGGGGGGAGAGGAGGGCCUGGGCCCGCGCUCCCCCAGCCCCGAAGGAGCAGGCGGCGGCCGCGGACACAGAGAUUCGCUAGAGCGGUCAGACACCCCUGCUUUCCCCGCCUGGGAUCAUGACCCAGGCGGGGGUCGCCGCUGCUGCCGCCACUACUGCGGCUGAGACCACGCAGCCCGCGGCUUUGCCUGUCAACCGGGGGAAGAAACAUGAAGAAAACAGACUGUUUAACUUAGCUUAGAAGAUAACUUUCAACAGAAAGAAGAAAACAUAAUCUAUAGACCAUCUUCUGGCAAAACAUGAUAGAUUUGGAUCAGAAACGGGAGGUAUUGGAAGCCAGGAGUCAAAAGUAAAGAAACUCUGCAAGACCUUGGGUGGAAGAGGUUCCUAUCACUGUCACCAUGCCAGAAAUGACAGAGCAUGAAACUCCUACAAAAAAGCAGCAUAGAAAGAAAAACCGGGAAACACACAAUGCAGUGGAGAGGCAUAGAAAGAAGAAAAUUAAUGCUGGGAUUAACAGAAUAGGCGAGCUGAUCCCAUGUUCCCCAGCUCUGAAGCAGAGCAAGAAUAUGAUCCUGGACCAAGCCUUUAAAUACAUAACAGAAUUGAAAAGGCAAAAUGAUGAACUCCUGCUUAAUGGCGGAAACAAUGAACAAGCUGAAGAAAUUAAAAAAUUACGGAAACAACUAGAAGAAAUCCAAAAAGAAAAUGGCCGAUAUAUUGAAUUACUGAAAGCAAAUGAUAUAUGCUUGUACGAUGACCCCACAAUCCACUGGAAAGGAAAUCUUAAAAACUCAAAGGUGUCUGUUGUUAUUCCAAGUGACCAAGUUCAAAAAAAUAUCAUUGUUUAUUCCAAUGGGAGUCAGCCUGGUGGAAACAGCCAGGGGACAGCUGUUCAGGGGAUAACUUUUAAUGUCAGUCAUAAUUUACAAAAGCAAACCGCCAAUGUGGUGCCGGUGCAGAGGACUUGCAAUCUUGUGACUCCUGUGUCUAUUUCUGGAGUUUACCCUUCUGAAAACAAGCCGUGGCAUCAGACCACAGUUUCUGCACUGGCUGCCAACCAGCCUGUUCCUCUUUGUCUUCCUGCUACCAUUUCUGCUCAAAAUAUUCUUGAGCUUUCCACCUCUGAAAGUGAAUCAAGUGUGCUUGGUGCCACUGGAAGCUCACUAAUUGCUGUUUCAGUUGGGUCUGAGCCUCACCAACAUCGGUCUUUGCACACAGGUCUAAAUGAUCAAAAUUCUUCUGAAACUAAUAAUGGGCAAGAGAGCCCUAAAUUAUUAAAGAGGACAGCCCCUUGUGUUACAAGUGUCCCCCCAAACUCCUCAGCACCUGCCACUAAAGUGCACCGUGGAACCAAGUCCUGUCUGAGUACACAGGACUUCAGAGGUGACUUUCAAAACACCUUUGUUGUUUCAGUUACCACUGCAGUCUGUUCCCAGCUCCCUAGAUCUGCAGGUGAUUCUUCUCCAGUGAGUGUUAGCAAGUGCACAGUCUCGACAAGUACAACCUCAGUGGUGGCACCAUCUGCCACUGGAGUAGGGAAGACUACUACUCCUGUAAGCACUCUUUCUACAAAUCCUUUGGACAGUGGUUGGACUCUUUCUUGUUCUUUGCCUUCUUCAAGUGUUAGUGCUUCAGAUUUGAAAAACAUUAAUAGCCUUACGCGAAUUUCUUCAGCUGGAAACACACAGACAACGUGGACUACUUUGCAGCUGGCAGGAAACACUAUUCAGCCCUUAAGCCAGACACCAUCUUCCACUGUGAUUCCAGUACUAAAUGAGUCUGGUCCUAGCCCCACUGCAAGCAACCACAGUAGACACAUGGCUACAGGCAUCAACUUAAAUAAUUCCCUUCCAACAGAUGGGUUAUCAGUUGAGCAAGUAGUUGUAACCUUGCCUUCUUGUCCAUCUUUACCUAUGCAGCCACUAAUUGCCCAGCCACAAGUUAAAUCUCAGCCACCAAAAAAUAUCCUUCCACUGAAUUCAGCAAUGCAAGUGAUUCAGAUGGCUCAGCCAGUUGGGUCAGCUGUUAAUGCAACUCCAGCUAAUCAAAAUGUUAUCAUUCUUCAGCCCCCCAGCACUACCCCAUGCCCCACAGUGGUGAGGGCAGAGGUUCCCAACCAAACAGUAGGUCAACAGAUAGUCAUUAUCCAGGCAGCUAAUCAGAACCCGUUGCCACUCCUCUCUGCUCCACCUCCUGCUUCUGUUCGACUCCCUGUCAAUGGAGCCAGUGCUAUAAUUGGGUCUAAUCAUUCAGUGCAAAAUAUUUCAACUCCACAAACUUUUGGAGGAAAGCACCUUGUCCAUAUAUUACCAAGACCUUCAUCUUUGUCAACAUCUAAUUCAACACAGACUUUUUCUGUUACCAUGUCAAACCAACAACAGCCUCAAACCAUUUCUUUAAAUGGACAGCUCUUUGCUUUGCAGCCUGUGAUGUCUUCAUCAGGAACUACAAAUCACACCCCUAUGCAAAUUAUUCAACCCACCACCAGCGAAGAUCCAAAUACCAAUGUUGCCCUGAAUACAUUUGGUGCUUUGGCCAGCCUCAAUCAAAGCAUCUCACAGAUGGCUGGGCAGAGCUGUGUACAACUAUCUCUUAGCCAGCCUGCCAAUCCUCAAAUUGCUGCAAAUAGUCAAACCUCCCCAACUAACUGUGUUUCAUUAACAACCACUGUUGCACCUCCCAUGACAACUGACAAUUCAGCCAUACCCCCUGGUACUUUUAAUCUUGUGACUACUUCCUCAAUGAACACUGUUGCUUGUUUGCCACCUACCACAAAGUCAAAAAGAUUAAAUAAGAAGCCAGGUGCCAAGAAACAUAUAGCAGCUAGCAAACCCACAUGUCCUCUGAAUCCAGUCAGAGAGGUGGGCAAGUCAGACUGCCCCAACAUGGAAAGCUCAGCAGAGCCAUCAUGUACUCCUGGACUGCUGGAAAGCCUUCCUGUUGUGCUACCACCUGCCACUCUGUCCCAGGCAAAUAGUGGAAGUGUUUCUGCUUCACAUUCUUUGGACAUGCUAAAUUCGGAAUCAGUAAUACCUGAAUCUGUAUCCAAAUCUAACUCAGCAGAAGAGUCUAGCUCAUCCUCCCAAGAAUCUGGAAUAAGUGAACAUUGUGCAGUAGCCCCAGCAAAAUCCAAAGAUUCUACCCCCAUUUUGCAAAGAGAGACUUCUCAGGAUAAACCACCAAUUAGCUUAGCAUUAUCAGAUGCUACCAAAUCCUGUACUUCAGCCAAUGUAUUGAUUCCAUCUCCAAAUCCUCAGAUUUUGGUUUCUCAGGUGUCUGGUUUGUCAUCCUCCACAAGGACUACAAGUACUGACUGUGUUUCUGAGGUAGAAAUCAUUGCUGAACCUUGCAGGAUGGAGCAAGAGUCAUCUGAUACAAUGCAAACUGCAGGUCUCUUAAAGGGGCAAGGGUUAACUACAUUACUAUCUGAUGUUGCUAAAGAAAAAGACCCCCAGAAAUUAACUCUUUCUGGCCCUAUGGAGCAUCCUGACUUUUCUUCAGAAAAUUCUAAGAUAAUUGAUUCAACUGUUGAUUUACACCCCAAGCAGGAACUGUUACUGAUGAACAACGAUGAUAGAGAUCCACCACAGCAUCAGUCCUGCCUCCCUGAUCAGGAAGUUAUUAAUGGUUCUUUGCUCACCAGUAGGCAAGCUGACUCCCCCUCAUCAACCAGCUCUGGAAGUACUCGCAGUUUUUCAGUUGCAUCCAUGCUUCCCGAAACAACUAGAGAAGAUGUGACCAGCAGUACCUCAACUAAUACAUGUGACAGCUAUACCUUUGCAGGGCAACCUGAUAUAGUAGCUCUUGCAGCAACAGUUAUUUUUGGCCAUCACAACAUUGAGAAGGGAAGAGUUGAUAUUCAGGCUGAUAUAAGGGAAGGUACUUCAAAGCCUUCUGAAGCAUCAUCUUUAGAAGGAGACCAGUCUUUCAAAUCACAGAUCCCUAAAGAGAAUGGCACAGGACAGACAGAAGCAACACCAAAUGAACUUAACUCUCAGGAUUCAAUUGAAGUAACAGUGGACAGGCCCCUUGAAAAACCAAGUUGCUCUCUAGGAAUUAAAACAUCAAAUGGUUCCUUACAGGUUUCAACUUCUCAGCCACCAAGCCUCACCAGUUUAAGUGUGAAUAAUCUCAUCCAUCAGAGCAGUAUCAGCCAUCCGUUAGUCAGCUGUGCAAGUCUGUCCCAACCUUCAGAGCAAACAACUGCUCCUGCGACAGUUAAUCUGACUGUUUCCUCUAGCUCCUACAGCAGCCAGCCUCCUGGACCACCUCUGAUGACAGAAUAUUCUCAAGACCAGCUAAGUACUAUGAAUAAUACCAUACCGAAUUCACAGAUUCAAGAGUCCCUCUUAAAGCCAAGUCACGAAAGCCGAAAAGAUUCUGCUAAGCGCACUGUCCAAGAUGACCUUUUACUGUCUUCAGCCAAACGUCAAAAGCAUUGUCAACCAGUCCCCCUCAGACUUGAAAACAUGUCCCUAAUGAGUGGAACUCCAGACAGCAUUUCUGAUCAAACUCAAAUGAUGGUUAGUCAGCUCCCUCCCAAUUCUUCAAACUCAGUUGUGCCUGUUAGCAACCCAGCACAUGGAGAUGGCCUUACACGAUUAUUUCCACCUGGUAACAACUUUGUGUCCCCUGCAUUGAGGCAAGCUGAAGUUCAGUGUAGCUCUCAGCCUUCAGUUGCCGAGCAGCAGCAAACCCAGGCAAGUCAGCAUCUACAAGCCCUGCAACAGCAUGUUCCAGCUCAAGGUGUAUCUCACCUUCACAGUAACCAUCUGUACAUCAAGCAGCAGCAGCAACAGCAAGCAGGGCAAUUAAGAGAAAGGCAUCACUUGUAUCAACUGCAGCAUCACGUACCUCAUGCAGAGAGUGCUGUUCACUCUCAGCCCCAUAAUGUGCACCAACAGAGAACUCUGCAACAGGAAGUUCAGAUGCAGAAAAAAAGGAAUCUCGUUCAGGGCAAUCAGGCCUCUCAGCUUUCCUUACAACCAAAGCAUCAUGGAACUGACCAAGCCAGACCCAAGAGUGGCCAGCCCCAUCCCCACCAUCAACAGAUGCAGCAACAGAUGCAGCAACACUUUGGAAGUUCCCAGCCAGAAAAGAGCUGUGAAAACCCUUCAACUAGCCGGAACCAUCACAGCCAUCCCCAAAACCACCUCAAUCAAGAUAUUAUGCACCAGCAGCAGGACGUUGGAAGCAGACAGCCAGGAUCAGGGAUUUCUUCUGAACAUGUGUCUGGGCAUAAUCCAAUGCAGAGGCUUUUGACAUCAAGAGGCUUGGAGCAGCAAAUGGUGUCCCAAUCGAGUAUUGUAACAAGACCUUCAGAUAUGACCUGUACUCCACACAGGCCAGAGAGAAAUCGCGUUUCCAGUUAUUCUGCUGAGGCACUCAUUGGAAAGACAUCUUCUAAUUCAGAGCAGAGAAUGGGUAUAUCAAUUCAGGGUUCCAGAGUUUCAGAUCAGCUUGAAAUGAGAAGCUAUCUUGAUGUUCCCAGAAAUAAAAGCUUGGCUAUUCAUAAUAUGCAGGGUCGUGUAGACCAUACUGUUACCUCAGAUAUUCGCCUUUCUGAUUGUCAGACAUUUAAACCAAGUGGAGCCAGUCAACAGCCCCAGAAUAAUUUUGAAGUACAGUCUUCAAGAAAUAAUGAAAUAGUUAACCCUGUAUCUUCAUUGAGGAGUAUGCAGUCUCAGGCUUUUCGGAUUAGUCAAAACACUGGCCCACCACCGAUCGACCGGCAAAAGCGAUUACCGUAUCCACCAGUUCAGAGCAUCCCAACAGGAAAUGCUAUCCCACCAAGGGACAGUGAAAAUACAUGUCACCAAAGUUUUAUGCAGAGUUUGCUUGCCCCUCAUCUUGGUGAUCAGGUCAUUGGGAGCCAGAGAUCACUCCCAGAACAUCAGAGGAAUACACAGUGUGGUCCAUCCUCUGCAAUUGAAUAUAAUUGUCCUCCAGCUCAUGAAAGUGUCCAUAUUAGAAGAGAGAGUGAGAAUCAGAAUAGGGAAAGUUGUGACAUGUCUUUAGGUGCAAUUAACACAAGGAACAACGCCUUGAAUAUUCCUUUUUCAAGUUCCUCUUCCUCAGGAGAUAUUCAAGGUAGAAACACAAGUCCCAAUGUUUCUGUACAGAAGUCCAACCCCAUGAGGAUUACUGACAGUCAUGGGACCAAGGGCCACAUGAACCCUCCUGUCACAACCAACAUGCAUGGGGUUGCAAGGCCAGCUUUGCCACACCCAUCUGUGUCUCAUGGAAAUGCUGACCAAGGCCCUCCUGUACGUCAAGCUAAUUCUUCAGUUCCCCAGAGAUCAAGACAUCCCUUGCAAGAUAGCAGUGGUUCCAAAAUUCGUCAACCUGAGAGGAAUCGUUCUGGAAACCAAAGGCAUAGUAAUGUCUUUGAUCCAAGUCUUCCCCAUCUUCCUCUCUCUACUAGUGGCAGUAUGAUUCUUGGACGUCAACAGCCCACUACGGAGAAGAGAGGAAGUAUUGUUCGUUUCAUGCCUGAUAGUCCACAAGUCCCUAAUGAUAAUUCAGGUCCUGACCAGCAUACGCUAUCACAGAAUUUUGGUUUUCCUUUUAUUCCUGAGGGUGGUAUGAAUCCACCAAUAAAUGCUAAUACUUCUUUCAUUCCACAGGUUACGCAGCCCAGUGCCACUCGAACUCCAGCCCUCAUUCCAGUAGAUCCUCAAAAUACUCUACCUUCAUUCUAUCCCCCAUAUUCUCCUGCUCAUCCUACACUGUCCAAUGAUAUUUCAAUCCCUUAUUUUUCUAAUCAAAUGUUCUCAAAUCCUAGCACAGAGAAGGUUAACAGUGGAAGUUUAAAUAACCGAUUUGGAUCAAUUUUAUCUCCUCCCAGACCUGUUGGCUUUGCUCAACCAAGUUUUCCUUUACUCCCUGAUAUGCCACCAAUGCACAUGACCAACUCUCACUUAUCCAAUUUUAAUAUGACAUCUUUGUUUCCAGAAAUAGCAACAGCUCUUCCUGAUGGCUCAGCAAUGUCUCCUUUGCUUACAAUAGCAAACUCCUCUGCCUCUGACUCUUCCAAGCAGUCCUCGAACAGACCUGCCCACAACAUAAGCCAUAUUUUAGGUCAUGAUUGCAGUUCAGCUGUUUAAAUAUAGAUAAACUAAAUGUGAAGAUAUUAAAGGUCUUGAGUGAGAUUAUAAAAGUGUGUGCAUGCACACGUACAUGUACGUGUACAUGAAGAGAGGAAUUUUGUGUGUGUUUGUAUAAUCAAUUUUCAAUUAUCUUCUGAAUGUAGGGAUCCAUGUCCA